GGCACAAAGUCACACAAUGGCUUUGAGGAGAAGGAUGUUCGUUUUGACUCUGGUGAAUCUUCUGUAUGCUGAAACACAUGCUCAACUUGAUGUAUGUGGCACUGCUCCACUCAACACCAGGAUAGUUGGAGGUGAAGAUGCUCCAGCUGGAAGUUGGCCCUGGCAGGCCAGUCUGCAGAGAUUUGGCAGCCAUGUCUGUGGUGGUUCCCUCAUCAACAAAGAGUUUGUGCUGUCAGCUGCUCAUUGCUUCUCUAGCUCAGAUCCAGAUGGUUGGACUGUUGUGUUAGGUCGGCAAAACCUGCAGGGUGAAGAUCCAAAUGAAGCAUCCAGAAGUGUUGCUGAAGUAAUCUUAUAUCCAAGCUACGAUAGCGACACCAGCGACAAUGACAUUGCUCUGCUCAGACUCUCCUCACCAGUCCAGGUCACAGACUACAUCAGACCUGUGUGUCUGGCAGCAAGUGACAGUGUGUUCAACAACGGCACUGAUAGCUGGAUCACUGGCUGGGGUGCAGUUGCAGAGGAUGUGUGGUUACCAUCCCCUGAAACUCUACAGGAAGUGGAGGUGCCAGUUGUGGGAAACAGACAGUGUAACUGUCUGAAUGGAGUCGGCACAAUCACAGACAACAUGAUCUGUGCUGGUGUUCUGGCAGGAGGCAAAGACUCAUGUCAGGGAGACUCAGGAGGUCCAAUGGUGAAUCAGCAAGGCUCUGUGUGGGUCCAGUCUGGAGUUGUUAGUUUUGGUUUUGGCUGUGCUCGACCCAAUCUGCCAGGAGUCUAUGCCAGAGUGUCCCGUUACCAAACCUGGAUCAACUCCCACAUCAUCUCUGAUAAACCAGGCUUUGUCCAGUUCACAUCCAGUGGGCUGGAUGCUGACAGCAGCUACAACUGUCCUGGCCUGCCACCUCCUGUUGUUAUUCCUACUGAUAGUACUGCUACUGGGACUGAAGAACCAACCGCAACCACAGAUUCAACAUCUUCUGUAUCAAGUGCAGAAUUGUGUGGCAUCACUCCUCUGAACACCAGGAUAGUUGGAGGUGAAGAUGCUCCAGCUGGAAGUUGGCCCUGGCAGGCCAGUCUGCAGAGAUUUGGCAGCCAUGUCUGUGGUGGUUCCCUCAUCAACAGAGAGUGGGUGAUGUCUGCUGCUCACUGCUUCUCCAGUCCAAGUACAAAUGGAUGGGAGAUUUCUCUUGGACGUCAGAACCUGCAGGGUGAAAACCCAAACGAAGUGUCCAGAACUGUCAACAAGAUCAUUUUGCAUCCAAGCUACGAUAGCGACACCAGCGACAAUGACAUUGCUCUGCUCAGACUCUCCUCACCAGUCCAGUUCACAGACUACAUCAGACCUGUGUGUCUGGCAGCAAGUGACAGUGUGUUCAACAACGGCACUGAUAGCUGGAUCACUGGCUGGGGUGCAGUCCAGGAGGGAGUGUGGUUACCAUCCCCUGAAACUCUACAGGAAGUGGAGGUGCCAGUUGUGGGAAACAGACAGUGUAACUGUCUGAAUGGAAUCGGCAGAAUCACAGACAACAUGAUCUGUGCUGGUGUUCUGGCAGGAGGCAAAGACUCAUGUCAGGGAGACUCAGGAGGUCCAAUGGUGAAUCAGCAGGGCUCUGUGUGGGUCCAGUCUGGAGUUGUUAGUUUUGGUUUUGGCUGUGCUCGACCCAAUCUGCCAGGAGUCUAUGCCAGAGUGUCCCGUUACCAGACCUGGAUCAACUCCCACAUCAUCUCUGAUAAACCAGGCUUUGUCCAGUUCACAUCCAGUGGGCUGGAUGCUGACAGCAGCUACACCUGUCCUGGCCUGCCACCUCCUGUUGUUAUUCCUACUGAUAGUACUGCUACUGGGACUGAAGAACCAACCGCAACUACAGAUUCAACAUCUUCUGUAUCAAGUGCAGAAUUGUGUGGCAUCACUCCUCUGAACACCAGGAUAGUUGGAGGUGAAGAUGCUCCAGCUGGAAGUUGGCCCUGGCAGGCCAGUCUGCAGAGAUUUGGCAGCCAUGUCUGUGGUGGUUCCCUCAUCAACAGAGAAUGGGUGAUGUCUGCUGCUCACUGCUUCUCCAGUCCAAGUACAAAUGGAUGGGAGAUUUCUCUUGGUCGUCAGAACCUGCAGGGUGAAAACCCAAACGAAGUGUCCAGAACUGUCAACAAGAUCAUUUUGCAUCCAAGCUACGAUAGCGACACCAGCGACAAUGACAUUGCUCUGCUCAGACUCUCCUCACCAGUCCAGUUCACAGACUACAUCAGACCUGUGUGUCUGGCAGCAAGUGACAGUGUGUUCAACAACGGCACUGAUAGCUGGAUCACUGGCUGGGGUGCAGUCCAGGAGGGAGUGUGGUUACCAUCCCCUGAAACUCUACAGGAAGUGGAGGUGCCAGUUGUGGGAAACAGACAGUGUAACUGUCUGAAUGGAGUCGGCACAAUCACAGACAACAUGAUCUGUGCUGGUGUUCUGGCAGGAGGCAAAGACUCAUGUCAGGGAGACUCAGGAGGUCCAAUGGUGAAUCAGCAAGGCUCUGUGUGGGUCCAGUCUGGAGUUGUUAGUUUUGGUUUUGGCUGUGCUCGACCCAAUCUGCCAGGAGUCUAUGCCAGAGUGUCCCGUUACCAAACCUGGAUCAACUCCCACAUCAUCUCUGAUAAACCAGGCUUUGUCCAGUUCACCUCCAGUGGGCUGGAUGCUGACAGCAGCUACACCUGUCCUGGCCUGCCACUUUCCACAACAGUUUCACCCACAACACCAUCCACUCCUUCUCCUCCUACUUCUCCUAUUACUCCUCCAGCAACUCCUUCAAGGCCAGUUUGUGGCAAAGCUCCUCUGAACAGUCGUGUUGUAGGUGAUCGUGGCAUUGUCACUGGAGGAACCUGGCCCUGGAUGGCGAGUCUCUACAAAAAUGGGGUCUACACAUGUGGAGGAACUUUAAUUGCUAACAAAUUUGUGCUCACCACUGCCCUGUGCUUCUCUACUUCCAAUCCUGAUGUCCGUGAGUGGAGAGUGUCUGUGGGUCAGCGACUUGUGAACGGAUUUGAUGAAUUUGAGAUGUCUUUGGGUGUUGUACGCAUUAUAUUGAGUAAAUUGCCUGGGUUCAAUAUUGCACUGCUGGAACUGGGAGAACGCGUCAACUUCAGUAAUUAUAUCCAGCCUGCAUGUUUGGACGUUAACAAUGUCAGAUCCUUCCCUGUUGGGACUCCGUGUUGGGUGGCAGGCUGGGGCACUGGCAGCAAGAACAGAGACAUUGGUAAAGCUGGUUCAACUCUUCGAGAUCUUGAAACUCAAGUGGCAAGUUGUGGGAAUGCUUCUGACACAGAGAACAUUUGCACUUCCAUCAUGGACCUUCAACAGGGAGAUCAAGGUAGCCCUCUGCUGUCUGGGCAGCUGAAAUGUGAGGGGUCACAAUGGGAGGAUAAAUACAAGGGCCAGCAGGCUGCAGGGGUGUCGCAGACGAAGGCCGGAUCUGCUCCUUCCCUCUCUCAGCUCUCCUCUCAAACUCAAAGAGUCAGGAUGCCUCACUCAUACCCCUUCCUCACUCCUGAGCAGAAGAAGGAGCUCAGUGAUAUUGCUCAGAGGAUCGUCGCUCCCGGCAAGGGAAUCCUCGCCGCAGACGAGUCCACCGGCAGCGUUGCCAAGCGCUUCCAGAGCAUCAAUGCUGAGAACACUGAGGAGAACAGGAGGCUGUACCGCCAGCUCCUCUUCACCGCUGACGACCGCGUCAACCCUUGCAUUGGUGGCGUCAUCCUCUUCCACGAGACCAUGUACCAGAAGACCGACGAUGGCAAGCCCUUCCCACAGUACCUCAAAGAAAGAGGCAUGGUGGUAGGCAUCAAGGUCGACAAAGGUGUUGUCCCCCUGGCCGGAACCAACGGCGAGACGACCACCCAGGGUCUUGAUGGACUGUAUGAGCGCUGCGCCCAGUACAAGAAGGAUGGUGCUGACUUCGCCAAGUGGCGUUGCGUUCUGAAGAUCACCCCAACUACUCCCUCCAAGCUGGCCAUCCUGGAGAACGCCAACGUCCUGGCUCGCUAUGCCAGCAUCUGCCAGAUGCACGGCAUCGUCCCCAUCGUGGAGCCUGAGAUUCUCCCCGAUGGCGACCACGACCUGAAGCGCUGCCAGUACAUCACCGAGAAGGUCCUGGCCGCCGUCUACAAGGCCCUGUCCGACCACCACGUCUACCUGGAGGGCACCCUGCUCAAACCCAACAUGGUUACCGCCGGACACUCCUGCUCACACAAGUACAGCAACCAGGAGAUCGCCAUGGCAACUGUUACUGCCCUGCGCCGCACCGUGCCCCCUGCAGUUCCUGGCAUUACCUUCCUGUCUGGUGGCCAGAGUGAGGAGGAGGCCUCUGUCAACCUGAACGCCAUGAACCAGUGCCCUCUGCACAGACCCUGGGCCCUGACCUUCUCAUAUGGCCGUGCCCUGCAGGCCUCUGCCCUCAAAGCCUGGGGUGGCAAGAAGGAGAAUGGCAAGGCAUGCCAGGAUGAGUUCAUCAAGAGAGCUCUGGCUAACAGCCAGGCCUGCCAGGGCAAAUACAUUACCUCCGGAACCAGCGCUGCUGGUGGAGAGUCUCUGUUUGUGGCUAAUCAUGCUUAUUAAGCAUGGACACCUUAUCCACCUUCUUCCCUGCAUCAUUACAUCACCGUGGAAAAGGGCACGUCCUCAGUUGCACUGCUCAUGAAAUUCUCUCGUACCCACAGCAAGAGUAACAACAGCACUGUCACGACAUCUUGGUUGAAAGCAAAAGAGAAAGAAGAAUAAAACUGUCCCUUGGGUUGCUGCUGCAGCUAGGAGAUUCUGGAAGUUUUCUGCCUCCAUUCCCUUACCUUUUGUUUUUAAACACCCUUUUUUUAGGUGAAAAUUCCCUCACUGUUUUUACACAACUUGUACUGUUUUCCUUGGUCUGAUCCCAUCAAGUCCAGUAUUGGAUUUAUACUGGUGCCACGGAAUAAAGUAUUCACCCUA